AUGGCUCUCACCGACGCUAUGCAGGAUAUCCUGCACCUUGAACUCGCCAAUGCGCUGCACAUCAGCACUGAGGAACUAAACCUCGACCAAUCAUUCCUCGUGCAGGGUGGAGAUUCCCUCUCUGCCGUUCAGUUCCUGAGUAAAUGUCGUCUGCGCGGUAUUCACAUUGACAUCGUGGAUACGGUGCAGUGCAAGACACUUGCUGAGCUUGUUGAACGCAUCAUCUCCAAGCAUGAGAGCAAUCCACAUAAUCUCGACCGUGUUGGGAACAGUGACACGAGCACCUCCUCAUCAAGCUCUGACGACGCUGCUUCUGCUACGGGGUCGGAUAGCACUGAUACUGUUCCCGAUGCGCGGUUGAAGCAGCUGUCUCAAGACCCUGCGAGGCAGAUUGAGAGUAUCGGUCCUUGCUCGUCUAUGCAGAAUCGUAUUCUUAUCAGUCAAGCUGUUAACCCAGCUGCCUACCAAUGCCGCUUUAUUCUCAGGAUCAAGUCGAGUGUACCAAACUCUUUGACUGCUUCACAUAUUGCGAAUGCCUGGCCUCGCAUUGUCGCACGCCAUCCAAGUCUGCGAACGACUUUUCUUGAGAGUGAGACUCGUCAGUCAACAUUUGACCAAGUUGUCUGGACAGAAGUCAACCCCAAAGUCACCAUCCUCCAAGACGAAACCCAAGUCAAAGCCGACGGUAUGCUUAAUGCUUUUGAGAGCGGAAGCAUUCCUCAUCACAUGUACAUCUACGCUGCAUCCUCUUCGGAACUCAUCCUUCGACUUGAAGUCUCACACGCCGUCAUCGACGGCCGCUCUGCAGAUGUUCUCCUGUACGACCUCUGCGCAGCAUACGAGAACCAACUCCCCGACACAAAAGCCAUGCCGUACACAGACUUUGUGCGCAUGGAAGAGGAGAGCUUUCAAGACGUUGAGCGCAUCGCAGAUUACUGGCAGAGUUACCUACGCGAUGCUGAGGAGACGUAUCUUGCAAGCAGUAACAAGCCAAAAGCUGGACUUCACACGCUUCAAGAUCGCGUUGACAUUCCCGCUGAUGAAGCUCGUCGCUUCUGCGAUGCUUACGGAGUUACCCUCGUUAGUGUCUGCCAGGUUGCCUGGAGUAUCGUUCUUCGUCUCUUCGCCAUGAAAGACGACGUUACUUUUUCCUAUGUCAAUUCAGGUAGACAGACUGAUCUUCCUGGAAUUGACGGAGCAAUCGGUCUCUUCAUUAGCAGUUUGUUACUGCGGGUCAAGUUCAAAGACGACCCUACAGUCCUGGACAUGCUCAAGACUGUCACAGACGACGUGUUUCGAGGAAUGGCACACGACAAAGUCCCGUUGAUGGCGAAGGGAGCCAAGCUUCCUACGAGCCAUAAGUGGGGAAAUUCGAUUCUUUCGUUCCGAAAGGAGUGGAAGCCCAAGUCUACUGGGCACAAGGAGCUCGAGAUGAGCUUCUUACGAGGUGUCAGCCCUACAGACUAUGAUCACUCCAUCAACGUUGAGAUCGGCGAAGGUGGUAUCGCAGUUGACUACGACAUCUGGACAUCAACCACCUCCCAAGCAGACGCCUCCAAGAUGCUAAACUGCUUCCUCGAGGCAAUCCGCUUCAUCAUCGCCAACCCAUCAGCCAAAGUCAAUUCCUUCGACGGCAUCUCCUCCAAAGACGCCCAGCACCUGCGCGACGUCAAUGGUGAAGGUCGACAGCCUGUUGCUUCGUGUAUACACACCCUCGUUCAAGAGGUUACAGACCGUCAGCCUGAUGCCAUGGCAGUGUAUGCCUGGGAUGGAACCAUGACGUAUAGAGAGCUUGAUGCUGCGGCGAGUAGUCUUGCAGAGCAUCUUAUGAAGUUGCACAUUGGACCGGAGGUUAUGGUGGGCAUUUGUAUGGACAAGUCGCGGUGGGCGACUGUCUCUAUGCUUGCUGUUCUGAAGUCUGGUGGAAUUGUUCUUCCCCUUGGCGCAGACCAACCUCUCUCGCGUCUCCAAACUAUCCUUACCGACACAAAAGCACCCAUCAUCCUCGUUGAUAACGCUCAGCUCAAUCGCCUAAAGGAUCUCGGUCCUCAACAACUCAUUGAGGUCAACGAAUCCCUCUUCCAAACUCUCCCUUCCGCUUCUGGCUCCGCCUGUACCACUGUUUCCACAGAUAACGCCGCUUGGGUCGUCUACACGUCCGGCAGCACUGGUACACCAAAGGGUGUCGUUCUCCAACACUCUGCGCUUUGCACAAGCAUCACAUCGCAUGGAACUGCCUUUGGCGUCAAGGGUGCGCGCGUACUUCAAUUCGCUUCUCACACAUUCGACGUGACGAUCCAAGAGGUCUUUACCACGUUAUGUAUGGGAGGCUGUGUCUGCGUACCUUCAGAAGACGAUCGCGUCAACCAUCUCCAAGCCUUCAUCUCCUCUGCAAAAGUGGACUUCCUCUCACUAACCUCCACUGUCGCCGGUCUUCUCGACCCCUCCCAACUUCCACUGAUCAAGACCGUCAUCCUCAUGGGCGAACCCGUCAAACCCGCUGUCCUCGAUCUCUGGAAAGACCAAGCCUCCGUUCUUGAGUCCUACGCCCCAUCUGAGUGCAGUAUCUACGCUACUGUAUCACCCCAGCCAAUGAAGCACAUAUCUCAGGUCUCUGUUCUCGGCAUUCCGCUAGCGAGUUGUUUCUGGGUCGUUGAUCCUAAGAAUUACAAUCGUUUGUGUCCAAUUGGCGCGCCAGGAGAACUCCUCAUCGAAGGCCCGCUUCUUGCGAGGGGGUAUUUGAACGAUGAGGUCAAGACGAAUAAGUCGUUUAUCGUUGAUCCCGAGUUUGUGGGCAAGUAUGAUCUUGGGAGGAGUAGACGGAUGUACAAGACUGGUGAUUUGGUGAGGCAGAAUGAUGAUGGGUCUUAUACGACGUUGGGGCGACAGGAUACGCAGAUCAAGAUCCGUGGACAGAGAGUUGAGGUUGAUGAGAUUGAGUAUCACAUCACGCGUCAUCCUUCUUCUAUCCAGGCUGUUGUUCUGUACGUCCAUGGUCAGCUUGUCGCUGCGUUUAGUCUUCCCAGCGAUGGUGCUGCGUACAGUGGUGCAGCGUUGGAUGGGGAGAAUGCUGUGGACAAACCAGCUGCUAUGCUCGUCGCUUCGGAAGUCCAGCUCUAUUUGUCGCAGUAUGUCCCUGACUACAUGAUCCCACGACUCUGGAUCCCCAUGGCGAGCUUGCCUAUCAAUUCAUCUGGCAAAGCUGAUCGACGUCGCAUCUCGGAGUGGAUCAAGAACCUGGACCUCUCUUCCUACUCUGACCUCGAGCACCAAGUCGAAGAUGGUCUUCAUGUCACUUCCACCGAACGACAGCUCCGAGAAAUCUGGAGCAACGUCUUAAACAAGCCCAUUAAUCACAUCAGCUACCGCCGCUCAUUCCUCUCUCUCGGAGGCGACUCCAUCACAGCGAUGCAAGUCGUGUCAGCCUGUCGCAAACAAGGCCUCAUCGUAACAGUGCGCCAAAUCCUCCAGAGCCCAGCUAUCUCUGAACUCGCGCUACGAGUCAAAGAGGCGAGCGAUAAAUUGGGCGACGAGCAAUUGCCCAUUGAGAUCCCAGAUGAGCCAUUUGAUCUCUCACCCGCGCAGAAGAUGUUCUUCCAAGACAUUGCGCCCUCAGGUCUUCGGGCAGAUGGACCUCAUCGCUUCAACCAGAGCGUGUGCUUCCGCGUUCCGCAGAGCGUCGCGCCGAAUACAGUUGCUCGUGCGAUUGAAGCCAUAGUCACUAAACAUGCUAUGCUUCGCGCGCGCUUCCAGACUGAUACAGACAGUCAGGGCUGGCAGCAGCGCGUUGAGAAGCAGAUCAUGGGAUCGUACCGCUUCCAGACUCACAAGGUGGCCGACGAUGCCGCGACAGAGGACAUUAUCCGUCAUUCGCAAGGAUCCUUGGAUCUUGAGUACGGACCUGUUUUCGCUGUUGACGUGUUUGAGAUGGAGGAUGCUCAGUUGAUCAAUUUGACUGCGCAUCAUCUUGUAAUUGAUCUCAUGUCUUGGAGAAUCCUCGCAGCUGAUCUUGAGCAUUUCCUGCGCUUUGAGACGCUGCAGCCUUCUUUGUCGCUGCCUUUCCCAACUUGGUCCAAGGCUCUUAUGAUCCAGGCUAAGACUGUUGCAGCGCCUGAUGAGAGCGACGUUGGGUCCUGGUCUUACUGGAGCCUUGAGUCUGGUUCCUUCGUUCGUGAAGACCAGGUCAUUGAGAAGCUGGCAAUUGAUGCGGAUGUCAGCGCUCAAUUGCUAGGUCCCGCGAAUGAGUCUUUGCAAACUGGUGUCACAGACAUUCUUCUCGCUGCUCUGCAUCAAUCCUUCGGGGACGUCUUCACCGAUCGAUCUACCCCAACAAUCCAUGUUGAAGGUCAUGGUAGAGAUGCAGGCGGUGAUGUCUCCGAGACCGUCGGCUGGUUCACAACCGUGACUCCCCUCAAAGUCACAACCACCAACACUGGCUUCAUCCCCAUCCUCCAACAAGUCAAGGACUUCCGCAAACUCAACGCCGACGCAACCGCCCUCGACUUCGCAGCAAAAUAUAAAUCUUCCUCUUCUCCCCAGAAUCUCAUCGAGAUCCUCUUCAACUACCACGGCCAAUUCCAACAACUCGAUCGCGCAGACGGUCUUCUCAGCAUUCACAAACUUCACUCCUCCGAGACUUCCAUCGGCGACAAAGUCCGACAACAAGCCGCCAUCACAAUCGAAGUCUCCGUCGAAUCUGGCCGUAUUUGUAUCAGUGUAGGUUUCAGCCGUCGCACACCCAAGGGCAAUGAUGUACGACGAUGGUUACAGCGCUAUGGAGAGGUCAUCACCUCUGCGGUAAGUGAACUAAUGAGUACAGAACGAACGGCCACAGCGAGCGAUUAUCCGCUUUCGCGAUUGAGCAGCAAUGAUCUUGUUGCGCUGAAGAAGCAUAUUCUUGAACCGACGGGCAUCAGCUGGGAUGCUGUUGAGGAUAUUCUGCCUUGUUCGUCUACGCAGCAGGGUAUUUUCAUCAGUCAGUUGAAGUCGCCAACUACCUACCGAUUGAGACAGACAUGUCGCGUUGUGCCCACUGGCUCUCAGGGUGUUGAUGUCAAGAGACUUGGAGAUGCCUGGCGACAAGUUAUUAGCAAUCACUCUAUCAUGCGCACCAUCUUCACCAUGGUUCCCUUCAACGACAGGUUCUACCAAGUCGUUCUCAAGUCCGUUGAGCCUGACAUUCGACUUAUCACUUGCUCUUCCGAGACAGAGGUUCAAGAGUGUAUUGCGAGCCAUGCGCUUAUGGAGGAUCAUCUCGGUCGACCAUCGCAUCGCUUCUUGGUCAUCUCAACAGAAGAUGGCCACGUCUACGGACACUUUGAGAUCAGCCAUGCACUCGUUGACGCGUCAUCCGUUCAACUCCUCGUCAACACCCUCCUCCAAGCCUACGAAGGCGCUGCGACUAUUUCUGGCUCCGACUACGGAACUUACAUCUCGUUCCUUGAGCAAGGCUCUGAGGAAGACGACCUGCGCUACUGGGAGAAGCGUCUUGCAACCGUGGAACCCUGCCAGCUCCAACUCGGCGAGGAUCUCACUUCUUCUGAAGACGCGGGCCAUUCUGUGUCUACGGCUAUGCAGGACAUGACCACACUCCAGAAACUCUGCCAAUCGAACGACAUCACCCCCGCCAACGUCCUCCAGCUCGCGUGGGCUCUCGUCCUCUCCUCCCGCACACAGCUCGAUGAAGUAUGCUUCGGCUAUCUCUCCAGCGGCCGAGAUAUUCCCAUCGAUGGGGCGGAUACACUCGUUGGCCCGAUGAUCAACAUGAUCGUGUGCAACAUUGCGCUAGACUAUAGUCAAAGCUGUGUUGAUGCGAUGAAGGAUAUACAGGAUCGCUUCCUUGAUAGCUUUGAGCAUCAGCGUGUUUCGUUGGCGACUAUUCAGCAUUCACUGUCGAGCUCACAACAAUCCUUGUUUAACACGACUGUCUCGUACGUUCGAGCUCCAAACCUGAGUGGUGCUGCGCGUGGUAUCCAGUCCAUUUGUUUGGAGAGGAUUGCAGCUGAUGAGUCGACCGAGUAUGACUUCAAUCUCAGCAUGUUGGAAACCGAGAGCGGCAUCGACAUCGCACUGCAGUACCUUCCCGGGGCAGCUUCCACGAAGACAGCCCAACGUCUUCUUAAUCACCUCAAGCAUGUUGUCCAGGUUCUCAGCACCAGCGAGACUACAUCGCUCCUCGGCGACCUUGACCUUGUCCCCGCAGAAGACAAGCAGCUCAUAACCGCCAUCAACCGCGAGAUUCCGAAGUCCCUUGACUCUUGCGUCCAUCUCCUCGUCCAAGAAAUGACCAACCGCCAACCCAACGCUCUCGCCUUCCACGCAUGGGACGGAUCAAUGACCUAUCGCGAGCUCGACCUAGCAGCCAGCACUCUAGCCAAACAUCUCGUGGCAAAUCUCAACGUUGGUCCGGAAGUCAUGGUCGGUAUCUGCAUGGACAAGUCCAUCUGGGCAGCUAUGUCCAUGCUCGCAGUCCUCAAAGCAGGCGGUGCCGUUCUACCCCUAGGAGUCCAACAGCCUCUAUCCCGCCUUCAGACCAUCCUCAAAGAUACACAAGCUUCCGUUAUCCUCGUUGAUGCGAAGCAGAAGGCUCGUCUGGGUGGUGUUGACUCAGAGCUCAUUCAAGUCAAUCGCCAGUUCAUGGAUGGUCUUGUCCCCGCUGAAUUCGGGCUCUCCAAUCCCGCUGUGCAACCUGAUAAUGCGGCUUGGGUAGUGUACACUUCUGGAAGCACUGGUGUGCCGAAGGGUGUUGUGUUGCAGCACUAUGCGCUGUGUACUAGCAUGCGCUCUCACGGUGCGGCAUUCAAUCUUGUCCCGUCGUCUCGGGUGCUGCAGUUCGCUGCAUACACUUUUGAUGUUACUAUCCAAGAGACGUUUACGACGCUUUACUACGGAGGUUGUGUCUGCAUCCCAUCAGAGGAAGAACGCCUCAAUGAUCUGGAGGGAUGCAUCGUGUCAAUGGACGUCAACUUCGUCUCCCUCACCUCAACAGUCGCUGGUCUAUUGUCCCCGUCCAAGAUGCCGCUAGUCAAGACCCUCAUCCUCAUCGGCGAGCCAGUCAAACCUUCGGUCUUGGAUCUCUGGAUGCCACAGGCAGCAUGCUUAGAUGCAUACGGACCAUCCGAGUGCAGUAUCCAGAGCGCCAUCUCCCCCGAACCAAUGACAGAUCGUCGUCAGGCCAUGAUCUUGGGUACGCCGUUAGAGUCAUGCCGUUUCUGGGUCGUCGACUACCGCGACUAUAAUAAGCUGUGUCCCGUUGGUGUACCUGGUGAACUCCUCAUUGAAGGUCCUCACCUCGCACGCGAAUAUCUCAACGACGCCACCAAGACCGCCAACUCUUUCAUCACCGACCCUGCCUUCCUUGCUGAUCUGGGUCUUGAUGCUACUGGUCGUCGUAUGUAUCGCGCCGGUGACUUGGUUCGACAGAACGACGAUGGUACAUACUCCAACUUGGGCCGACGCGAUCAGCAGAUCAAGAUUCGUGGCAAGCGUGUUGAAGUCGGCGAGAUUGAGUAUCACAUCUCACGUCAUUCCUCUGGCAUUCGCGCCUGUGUCGUCUUUACUACUAGAGGGUCUACCGAUGGUCAGCUCGUCACUGCCUUUAGUGUUCCUCACGAUGACAAGGCUGCGCACGAUGAGACAGCCUACAACGGCAUCGCAGGCCGUGAUGGGAUCGACACAACAGCUGCACUGCUCCUCGCAUCCGAGAUCCAGAUGUAUCUCUCCCAGCAUAUCCCCGACUACAUGAUUCCUCGUCUUUGGAUCCCAAUGACUACACUACCUAUCAACUCCUCCGGCAAAGCUGAUCGCCGGGCUGUAACGGAGUGGAUCAGCACUCUCAGCCCAACAGAGCUAGCUUCAUACUCUGAGCUUGAGAGCGCUGCUGAAGAAGCGAAUCUCAACGUUACGCCUACAGAACAAAAGCUUCGCGAGAUCUGGAGCGCUGUUCUCAACGUUCCGAAUGUCAGCUACAGACGAUCCUUCAUGUCAUUGGGUGGUGACUCCAUCACCGCUAUGCAAGUCGUCUCUGCGUGCCGUGAGAUCGGUCUUGUCGUUACCGUUCGCGACAUUCUUCAGAGCCCUGCGAUAUCAGACCUUGCGACGCGCGUCAAGGCUAGUGAUGGUGAGGUCUUCUCCGCUGAGAUACCUGAUGGACCAUUUGAGCUGUCACCUGCUCAGAAGAUGUUCUUUGAGGACAUUGCGCCCGAUGGACUUAAGUCAGAAGGCGCUUAUCGGUUCAAUCAGAGCGUUUGCUUCCGUCUUCAAUCUGCGGGCGUCAGUGAGGAAGCUGUCGCCAAGGCUAUUGAGGCUGUUGUGACAAAGCAUGCUAUGCUUCGCUCUCGCUUUGCGUCGCAAGAACAUGGAUACCAGCAGUGGAUUGAGAAGCACGUCCCCGGUUCAUACAGGUUCAAAUCUCACAACGCCGACGAUGACACCGCUGUGCAGGCCAUCAUGCUCGAGUCACAGAGCACCCUCGAUCUCGAACACGGCCCUGUCUUCGCAGCAGAGUUCAUCCAGACUCCCGAUCGCCAACUUCUCUUCCUGACAGCUCACCAUCUCGUCAUCGAUCUCAUGUCAUGGCGUAUCAUCGCCAAGGACUUGGAGCAGAUUCUGCAGGGUGGCUCUAUGAUUACCUCGCAGUCUCUUCCUUUCCCGACGUGGAGUAACGCUGUGCUACAGCAGGCCCAGUCACUUGACCAUGUCACUGAGGCUGAUACCUCGGCUUCGUGGUCUUACUGGGGUCUUCAACCGGGCGAGUACAUCACCGAAGAUCAGGUCUUUGAGACUGCUCAAUUGGACGAGCAGGUUACUUCUCAACUUCUUGGUCCCGCCAACGAGCCUCUACGCUCUGGCGUUGCAGAUACCCUCCUCGCCGCCCUCUCCACCUCAUUCCGUCACUCUUUCACCGAUCGCUCUGGUCCCUCAAUCUUCAUCGAAGGCCACGGUCGCGAUACCCAAGCCCUGGACAUCAACUACGAUCUCUCCGACACUGUCGGUUGGUUCACAACCGUCACGCCCCUCAACAUCUCUGACGACAGCACCUUCAUCUCCACCCUUCGCCAAGUCAAGGAUGUUCGCAAACUCAACUCCGGUCGUGAAGUCCUCGACUUUGCAGCCCAGCGCUCUAGACCAAUUGAAGUUCUCUUUAAUUACCACGGUCAAUUCCAGCAACUUCAGCGCUCAGACGGUCUCCUCACUCUUGACAAGCUUCAUCAAUCUGUUGGACAACUCGAUGCUUCUGUUGGUGGGAAGGUCCGUCAACAUGCUGCUCUCAGUGUUGAGGUGUCGAUUGACGAUGCGGGCAAGACUCACCUCAUGGUUGGCUAUCCACGACAAAGUCCCAAGAGUCAGGCCAUUCGCGAUUGGCUUGGGGAGUAUGCCCUUGCCAUCACUCGGGGUGUUGAGGAGCUGGUCGGAGCUGAGCCGAUGUGCACGAUCAGUGACUUCCCUCUCGCUCAAUUGACCAACGAUGAUCUCGACACGCUGUAUCAAUACUGUCUCACACCAGGUUCUAUCUCGUGGGCCAAUGUUGAGAACGUUCUUCCAUGCUCGCCGAUCCAACAGGGUAUUCUUCUCAGUCAAUUGAGGGCACCAUCACGCUACCGUCUCAAACAGACCUGUCGCAUCCUCCCUGCCGAUCCAUCAUCACCAGUUGACAUUGCGCGGCUCGCAAAUGCCUGGCGCCAAGUCGUGGGACAGCACUCCAUCAUGCGAACCAUCUUCACUGGAGCUUUGUCACACCACGAUCGCUUCUACCAAGUCGUUCUCAAGGCGCUUGAAGCUGACAUUCAGAUCAUUGAGCCAUGUUCUAGCUAUGAGGAAGUCCAGCGCUUCAUCAAGCAUCACGCUCUACUUCACGACCCCGUUGGCCGUCCUUCACACCGCUUCCUCAUCAUUCCUACAGUCGAUGGUCAUGUUUUCGGUCACUUCGAGAUCAGCCACGCUCUCGUUGAUGCUUCUUCUGUCCAACUCCUCGUAAAUGACCUUCUCGAAGCUUAUGAGUCUCUUUCCCCAACCAAGACAUCGAUCUCACUGUCGCGCAACUCCGACUACGGCAGCUACGUCUCCUUCCUCGAACAACACCGUCACUCCGAACAAGAAGAUCUCCAAUACUGGAAAGAUCUUCUCGAGACUGCAGAGCCAUGCCAUCUCCAACUCGGCCAACAGCACCACGACACUUCAGAAAUGGAGACAGGCCACGCCGUCACAGCUCACAUCCCCGACAUCUCUGUCCUUCGCGACAUGUGUCGCAACUACAACGUCACCGCCGCAAACGUAGCUCAAUUAGCUUGGGCUUUGGUGCUAGCUUCUCGCGUGGAAUUGAACCAGAUUUGCUUCGGAUAUCUUUCCAGCGGUCGCGACAUUCCCAUCGAUGGGGUUGAGAGGCUCGUCGGACCUAUGAUCAACAUGAUGAUCUGUUAUGUGCAAUUGGACUACACCUCUACGACUGUCGAUGUCAUCCGACAGAUUCAAGACCGUUUCUUCAAAGGUUUUGAUCACCAGCGUGCUUCUCUAGCCUCAAUCCAGCACUCUCUUCAAGGGACACAGCAGCAAACGCUCUUCAACACCACUGUUUCAUACACCCGCGCACUUAACAUGGACGGCGCGACAGAGAAUAACUCUAUCAAGCUUGAGCGCGCUUCGGCCGAUGAAUCAACUGAGUAUGACUUCAACCUAAGCAUCCUCGAGAAUGAUCAGAGCCUCGAUCUUGUUCUUCAAUACAUCCCCGGUGUUGCAAGCCACGAAGUCGCCCAGCGUCUGCUCAACCAGCUCAAGCAUGUCAUCCAAGUCCUCAGCCAGCACACAACCUCUACCCUCGCUGAUCUAGACCUCGUCCCAACGGAGGAGAAGCACGCUAUCGUCGCUAAGAACAGAGACGUUCCCAAACCCGUGGCUUCAACCAUCCACGCUCUGUUCCACGAGGUUUAUGAGCGUCGACCAGAGGAGAUGGCCGUCUACGCAUGGGACGGCAACAUGACCUUCCGACAAUUAGAAGUCGCUGCUGGCAAUCUCGCCGGCUAUCUGAUGGACCUUGGUGUCGGGCCUGAGAUCAUGGUCGGUAUCUGCAUGGAUAAAUCCCGCUGGGCCGUCGUCGCUAUGUUAGCCGUGCUCAAAGCAGGUGGUGUCGUCCUCCCCAUGGGGGUGCAGCAGCCAUUACCCCGAGUCCAGACUAUCAUCGCAGACACCAAAGCCCCAAUCAUCCUAGUCGACGAUAAACAACUAUCGCGUCUCGCAGAAACAGGUCCUCGUCUCAUCAAAGUCGACGCCGCACUCCAAGACACCCUCAAGCCCAGCACAAGAGUCUGCUCUAGCGUCACAACCGACAACGCAGCUUGGGUAGUCUAUACCUCGGGAAGUACAGGAACACCCAAGGGCGUCGUUCUUCAGCACUCAGCUUUAUGUUCUAGUAUCCGCUCGCACGGCGACGCGUUCGGUGUACGUGAUGGAUCGAGGGUUCUUCAAUUCGCGUCGCAUACCUUUGACGUGACGAUUCAAGAAGUUUUCACGACGCUGUGCCAGGGCGGAUGUACUUGCAUUCCCUCUGAAGACGAGCGCAUCAAUCAGUUACAGUCCUUCAUCGUAAAAGCAGAGGUCAACUUCUUAUCUCUCACCUCGACGGUCGCAGGGCUGUUAGACCCCGCGCAGCUCCCGCUCGUCAAAACAGUUAUUCUCAUGGGAGAGCCCGUCAAGCCAGCAGUCAUGGACUUGUGGAAAGACCAAGCUAUCGUGUUGGAGUCAUAUGCGCCCUCAGAAUGUUCCAUCUACGCGACUGUUUCACCAAGACCCAUGAGGCACAUCAGCCAAGUUCCUGUGCUGGGUAUCCCACUCGCAAGCUGCUUCUGGGUCGUCGAUCCAAAGGACUUCAACCGUCUUGUGCCCAUCGGUGCACCUGGUGAGUUACUCAUCGAGGGACCACUGUUAGCACGCGGUUAUCUCGGCGACGAAGAGAAGACUGCGAAAUCCUUCCUGAUUGACCCUGACUUCACCAAGCAUCAUGGUCUUCAGCCUGGAAGAAGGAUGUACCGAACAGGCGAUCUCGUCCGUCAAAACAGCGACGGUUCGUAUACCACGCUAGGACGCAGAGACACACAGAUCAAGAUCCGUGGUCAACGUGUCGAAUUUGGGGAGAUUGAAUACUGGGUUGUGCGCUCAGCACCUGAGAUCACUCAAGCGGCUGUCAUGCUACUCGAUGGCCCUGUCGGUCAAUCUUCAGUGCUGGCUGUAGCGCUGGAAAUUGCUGAUGGCGGGGAAAACAGCGCUGUGGAUAACAAUCUACAGGGCUUGUCGCCGGCUGAUUUACUGGAGCCUACCAUCGCCAUGCGAGAGUCAUUUGAGGAAGUCCGAGGCCAUCUCAUAUCUGUUCUACCACGAUACAUGGUCCCUGAUAUCUUCAUCCCCAUGUCUCGACUACCUCUCAACUCUUCUGGAAAACUUGAUCGUCGCGCGAUUGACCUGUUCCUGAAGGGCAUGAAGCCAGAAGAGCUCGACAUUUACCGCCCCAACGCAGCGGCAAAGGCAGAUGUAUCUACCGAGACCGAACGACAGCUCCAACACCUCUGGGCCAGCGUUCUCGGAAGACCAGCCAAUACCGUCGGAGCCAAGGACAGUUUCUUCCACCUCGGCGGCGACUCCAUCACCGCGAUGCGUCUCGUCGAAGCAUCCCGCAGCACAAACAUGCUACUCCGCGUCGCCGACGUCUUCGAACACCCUCGUCUCUCCGAACUCGCUAGCAUUCUAGAUGCACGAAUGGCUGAAGGACACGACCAAUCAUCGCUGGCGUCAAUCCCGGCGCCGUUUUCUCUCUGGCCCGAAUACGGCGCCGAGAAAGGAGUGGGUCUCCGGGCCGAGAUUGCGGAGCGGUGCGGUGUCAUGGCGGAGCAGAUUGAGGAUGUUUAUCCGUGCACGCCACUUCAAGAGGGAUUGCUUAUCGCGACUGCUCGGCAACCGAGUGCGUAUGUCAGCCGAAGAAUCUUUUCUUUGAGCGAUGAGAUCAAUGUGGCGAGAUUGCAGGCUGCUUGGCAGAAGAUGGCUGAGGCGGCGCCCGUUUUGCGAACUCGUAUCCUUCUGGGUCUUGCCUCUGGUUCAGUGCAAGUUGUUGUCAACGAACCACUAGAAUGGCACACUGCCUCUUCACUGGAAGAGUACAUCGACCACGAUAGUGCAUUGAGCAUGGCCGAAAGCAAACCCCUCAUGCGCUUUGGUCUCGUCGAGUCCAACGGCGAGCGUCUUCUCGUGUGGACAGCUCAUCACAGCGUCUACGACGGCUGGAGCUUAACAAUGAUGUACCGCCAAGUCUCCAACAUGUACUGGCACGACGCGACACCACUCUCAGCGCCCUACACACCUUUCAUCGCCUAUCUCGGCCAGGCUGAUGCUACACAAGCAGCGAGCUAUUGGCGCGAGCAGCUUCAGGGUAACCCCACUGCAUUCCCUGCUCUGCCCUCUGUGCGAUACCAGCCUCAGCCGCGACAGAAGAUUGUGCAGAGCCUUGACUUUGUGAGACAAGGAAAGUCAGAGGUUUCGCUGUCGAAUUUAUUGCGUGCUGCUUGGGCGCUUAUGGUUGCGAAGUAUUCGGGUAGUAAUGAUGUUGUGUUUGCUGUGACGCUUUCGGGACGGAAUGCACCUGUUCAUGGGAUCACGGAGAUGCUUGCGCCGACUAUCACUACUGUUCCUGUGAGGGUGCGCAUCAAUUCGUCCACUACCGCUCGGGAGUUCCUUCAAGAGGUGCAGCAACAGGCGACAGACAUGAUUCCAUUCGAGCACACAGGUCUCCAACGCAUCGCGGAACUUGUCCCCGAUGCCGCCGCUGCCCUGGACAUGCAGCACCUCUUCGUCGUUCAACCUGCUGCCGACAGCGACGAUGCAUCAGCCGAGUUCCCUGGUCUUGUGCACCGACAGGACAUGUCUGAGCAAUUCGAUGACUACGCCCUCACCGUCGAGUGUAGCAUCGGAUCAAAGGGCAUCUCGAUUGAGUCCCGAUUCGACGACGCAGUCAUUUCGACCGCCCAGAUGCAGCGCAUGUUGCAGUCCUUCGCUCAUAUCGCUAGUCAAUUGGAGCAAGCUGAGAGUGCAUCGGAAGGCACAGCAAUUUCCGACUUAGACACUCUAAGCCCUCAAGACCUGGAUCGCAUCCUCUCUGUCAAUACCAGUCCCAUCCCCAGCGUCGAGCGUUGUGUGCACGAGCUCAUCUUCGACAUGGUAUCCCACCAACCAGACGCAACAGCCAUCAGCGCAUGGGACGGCACCCUCACCUAUAAACAACUCAAGCAUCUCUCCGGCAAGCUCUCCGACCAUCUCGUCAGUCUUGGUGUCCGUCACGGCACCAGCGUCGGCGUGUGCAUGGAUAAAUCUCAGUGGGCUGCUGUUUCGAUGCUCGCCAUUUUACGCGCCGGCGGUGUCGUCGUUCCACUGGGCGUCCAGCUCCCUCUUGGCCGUCUCAAGCUCAUUAUUGAUGAUGCAAAGGUCAGUGUUGUACUGGCUGAUCAGAAGCAAACUGAACGGCUGGCUGGUCUGGGCCCCGAGACUUUUACUGUUGAUGAGUCGCUGCGCAAGAGGGUUUCUUUCAGUGAUGUUGGCAUCCCAGAUAAAUGGUAUACUCGCGUCACAGAGAUCAACGUCAAUCAGCCGGCCUGGAUCGUGUAUACUUCCGGCAGUACAGGUACACCAAAGGGCGUGGUCCUUACCCAUGCUGGUAUCUCGUCUAGUCUGAACAGUCAGAAGAAGGUCUUUGGUCUGAGCAAGAUGUCUCGAGUGCUCCAAUUCGCAGCGCAUACCUUUGAUGCUGCUAUCCAAGAGAUCUUCACCACUCUGUCUGCUGGAGGCUGUGUCUGUGUGCCUUCUGAGGAUGAGAGGAUGAGCGACCUGCAGCAUUUCAUCAUUGAGAGGGCUGUCAAUUUCCUGUCCAUCACGCCCACGGUCGCUGAGCUACUCAAGCCAUCUCAGCUACCUAACAUCAACACAGUCGUGUUACUCGGUGAGCCUGUCAAGCCGUCAGUUCUCGACUUGUGGAUGAACCACCACGCGGACAUUAUCGGUGGAUACGGCCCAACUGAAUGUUCCAUCUACGCCAUCGUGUCAGCGGCUCCAUUCACAGACAGGAAGCAAGCCAACAUCCUUGGCGCCCCUCUACCAAGCUGCCGUGUUUGGGUCGUCGAGCCCGAUGAUUACAACAAAAUCUGCCCAAUUGGCGCCCCGGGUGAGCUUCUCAUUGAAGGACCCCAGGUCUCGCAAGGCUAUUUGAACGACGCUGCCAAAACAGAUGGCGCGUUUAUCACAGAUCCUGGCUUUACAUCGCGUUACGGCUUGGGCAGCGGACAUCGCAUGUAUCGCACAGGUGACUUGGUUCAACAGAAUGAUGAUGGGACAUACACCAAUCUCGGUCGGCGAGAUAGUCAGGUCAAGAUUCGCGGUCAGAGGAUUGAGUUGGGAGAGAUUGAGUACUCGGUGAGGGAGGAUAGAUCUACGAUUGCAGUAGCGGUGGAAAUUGCAGGGGAACAGGUUGGAGAUGGAGUAUUGGCUCCGUCAGAGACUUUACGAAAGGCGUCGGAGGAGAUUCGUGUCAAGCUCGCCGAGGUUCUGCCUCAGUACAUGAUUCCCGAUUUCUUUAUUCCUAUGGGUAAGUUGCCGGUCAAUUCAUCAGGCAAGCUUGACCGUCGGGCAAUCAGAUCGGUGUUGGAGGAUAUGGAUGACGACAAAUUGGAGGAGUAUCGCCUUACGACAGGCGCUCAAUUGGUUCCUGUCUCGACAGACAUGGAGAAACAGGUUCAGCAGCUCUGGAGUCAAGUGCUCAGGCGACCUGCGGAGUCAAUCGGCGCAAGCCACAACUUCUUCCACCUCAAUGGAGAUUCACUAGCUGCUAUCCAGCUCGUCGCGGCUGCGAGGGCAGUUGAUCUUAAGAUGACUGUCGCCCAGAUCUUCCAGAGCCCUGUCUUGAGAGAUCUUGCCAGCCAUCUCGAGCAAAAUAGUCAUCCUCACGAUACGACAAGCCAUCAUGUUGAGGGAGUUGACGAAGCAACAGAAGCCGCGAUCAAGGCUACUCUCCCAAGCCACUUCAGCGUUGAGAAGGUUCUCGAAACAACCGAGUUCCAAUCCAUUGUUCUUCAUGAGCAUACACAGGGUCGAUGGCUCAUGCACGCGACUAUAACAUAUAACCAAAAAGUCGACAAGCAGCGCGUCCACUCAGCGCUCCAAACCACAGUCGCCAAGAACGAAAUUCUCCGAACAGUCUUCACCCAGCAAGCUGGAAAACAUUACCAAGCCAUCCUAACCAACUUCGCGGUUCCCUUCCAAGAACACACUACGUCUGCAGACCUCCCUACCUUCUGCAAGUCUCUUGUACAAGAUGAUCAGAAGAAUCAUCUUGAGCUUCACGAACCUCCCUUCAAGACAUGGUUCGUCCAAGGCGAGCACAAGGAUAGUCUUGUGGUGAGGAUCUCCCACGCGCAGUAUGAUGGGAUGUCGCUGCCGAUCUUCUUCCAGCAGCUUCAGGCGUGGGGUGAGCCAGAUGUUGAGGUCGAGGCGCCAAGACAGAUGUCGUAUUACAUUGAUGCGUUGAGGGCCAUUGAUACGAAGCCCACGAUGAAGUUCUGGGGUGACUUGCUGGAGGGCUCGAGUAUGACUGGUCUACCUGGUGUUUCGCAAGCAAGCAAGGCUGUGUCGGGCUCUUAUAUCGUCAAGACGGUGCCAUCGCCAAAGGUUGAAGGGUCGGGACUCACGGUGUCAUCGUAUCUCAAGGCCGCGUGGGCAAUGGUCCUCGCCAAAGCAACCGGAACAUCCGACGUCGUCUUCGCCCAUCUUGUAUCAGGCCGCUCCCUCCCAAUCGACGACAUCGAAAAGGUCAACGGUCCAUGCGUAAACCUCAUCCCCAUCCGCGUCAACACCGCUCAACCCCACGGCACCAUUCUUCACCAAGUCCACCAGCAGCACAUCGCAGCUCUACCACACGAACAUCUCGGCUGGGAGACUAUUUUCCGCAAAUGCACAAACUGGCCUACUUCCACAAAAGUGCCGCGCUUCUCUUCUAUUCUACAGUAUCAGAAUCUGCCUGAGGCGCAGAAGAGCUUUGGCAUGCAUGGUGCUGAGUGUAGUGUUGACUAUACUGUUGUGCCGCCUGAUGUUACGGAUGUUUGGGUUACGGUUGAGCCUAAGGGCGGUGAGAUGAGUAUUGUGGCGGGAUACUCUGAGGAAGUUAUUGCGAAGGAGGUGGUGGAGAGAUUGAUGGAGGAUCUUUGUGCGGUGUUGAAGAGCAUUGAGGCUUGA